GAAACAACCAUUACAAUGAAACUUUUCCUGUCUCUGCAACUAUCAACAAUAUUGGUAAUUCUUCUUUUUGAUGGACGAGCUUGUAUGAAAAUUAUUAAGGGAAAAGAGGCAAAAGCUCAUUCACGACCUUACAUGGUGCACAUACAACAGUCGCCAGAGCUCUGUGGAGGAAUCCUGAUUAAACCUCACUGGGUGUUAACUGCAGCACACUGCAACAUCAAUCUUACAGCAAACAUUACACUUGGUGCCCAUUCAAUUUCUGCUGUAGAAAAAGAGAAGCAAUUUCGAAAAACGAAUAGAGUGAUUACACAUGAGCUUUAUAAGGAUGGAUCAUUUAACUAUGAUGUUGCUCUUCUGCAGUUAUCCAAAGACGCAGAACUUACACGUGCUGUGAAAGCUCUGCCACUGCCUGAAAGCUGUGAUGAGCCAUUUGAAGGAACUGUUUGUGAAGUGGCAGGAUGGGGUGUGACAAGAAAUGGAAAUAAACCAUCAGAUAAACUCAUGGAGGCAAAUGUUACCAUAAUGGACAAAACAGCCUGCUAUAAGUAUUGGAAAAACGAAAAACUUGAAAAUAGUUUUAUUUGUACCAAUCAAAAUGGAACAGAAACUUGCGGGGGAGACUCUGGUGGACCACUGAUCUGCAACGGAGUGCUGCGAGGUGUCGUAUCUUUUGGCAACAUUAGAUGUGGUAUUCCUGAAAGUCCAGCUGUCUUUACUGAUUUGAAUAGCAAGAUCGUUUGCUGGAUAUAUAAACAACUGAGUGGCUUGCUGUAAAGAAAACAAUGCUAUCUUUAGUAAAUAUUUGAUAGAAUUUAUAUGCAAGCUUACCUUUCCAUUUCAAUUAACAACCAGUUUUGUUUUUCUUAAACUCCCACAAAUUCUACUAUUGGCUUUGUGAAAUCAAUGGAACGGUAUAAAAAUUGGGUGGGAGAACUUGUGACAAAAAAGAAAAAAAACAAAAGGCACAAUCCCCAAGGAGACAAUAGUGAAACAAUGGGGUGUACCCGAAUCUCCCACUAGGGGGAAUCUCUCCCCUUUCAUACCAGCACCUCCCCUAGUGGGAGAUUCAGGUAAACCACAUUGUUUCACCAAUACUCCAGAAUUAUCGCCCCCUGUUCAUGCAGAUUGACUUAGUAUUUUUCACAGAAAUUGAAACUUCUUGAUUGAAUUUUGCCAUGUAUUUAAAGAGUAAAUUCACUUUUGUUGAGAAAAAAACAGUCCCCUCUGGGUGAUCAAUGUACAUUGCAAGGAUUUUUAACAAACAUCCAUUUCUGCUGUGAAGAAAAACAGUUUGUUGCCUGCAGAGUGAAUCUGAAUGGGAGUGUUUUGUUAUUAUUAAUCAGCUGAUGCACUUGCAUUGUUCUCAACAGGAAAAUGUUGGAUCUGCACCCUUUUAGAAGUGAUUAACUCUUUGGAAUGACAUUUUUGUUGCAGAGGAUGCCUAAAAUAUGACUUGUAUUUUUGUUAAGAGUUUUGAGAAUUCACUGAGCCAAUCACACAUGCAGGGAAUGACAUUUCUGGGGGUGUUCCAUGCACCAAUGGUUGUCAUAUUGCAUUGUAUUUUACAGAAAAUUACAGCACUGCGGAUUGAAAAGGAAAGGUAAUUUUUAACAGCAUUCAAUUACAACAUGUGUAUUAAUUGUAUAUGCUGUAUUAACCCUUUAACUAAACUGGUAAAACCUUUUUUUCUCCAGAAAAAAAGUUGCUUGACUUUAAAGUGGUUGUACGCCUUAGGUGAUAUACAGAGAUGAAACAAGUCCUCCUAUUCAAGUUGUACCUGUUUUUCUGUGGCUAUCUCUCCUCUACAGCUUCCUAAAACACACAGAUCAGAAGACUAUUUCUCAGCAGUAGAAGGCAGGGAUCUGACAUCACAAACACAGAGCUCAGUGAAACUUGAAACCUGAGUGAGGGAAUGGACACACCCUAUAAACCCUGUCAUAGGGAAACAUACACAGCUGAAGCUAUAAGUCAACUCCCGUGUUUCGGAGGGGGGCAGGACGUCACCCAUUGGACUCAACAUAGAGUAUUAUCAAUUAUUUAUGCAGAUAGCAGAGGAAUCAGAGAAUAGAGAGAAAUUACACCUAGUGCUUUGGAUAUAUUUUUCAUGCUAGAGGUUUUUAAGCCCGUUCACUGAAUAUUUAGAACAUUAUGGGGCAUUUGUGGGGAAAUUUGAGUGCCCGCGGAAUGCCCUAUAAUGCACCGCGAGGGCAUCAAUGUAUUGCAAAAUCGCAGUGUAUUGACGGCUGCUGAU